CUAGUUGUUUAUUCCUCUAGGGGUGGUUUCUAUGUACAGGUAUACAAAAUAGUAAACUUUCAGGCUCAUUUGUGUUAUGGCAAAGGGAUAAAUAUGCUUUGGGAAGGUCUCCUGGUUUUUGUAUACACUUCUAUUACAAUAUUGAUUUGUCCAAUCAGUGAAUUUACUGAGCAUCACUGUAUGUGAGACAUUUAUCCCAUAUUUGUAAAUAUUGAUUUUCUUAACGUUUUGCUCUGUAGACAUGAAGGCAAGGACUGAAUCUUCUGUUUGUCUGCACUUUAAACCGUGCUUUACAUAGAAUAGCCACUCAGUAAGCAUUGAUAGAUGAAUCAUCCCAAUGGGAUUCUAAGCUUCAGCUCAAAUUGAAGGGGGUUGCUGAGCAGUGGUUAGUGUCUAACCUAAACAUCUUUAAGACUAACCUACCUUCUUCAUAUCUUUUGUUUUCGGACAGUUUCAUUAGUAGCAUUGAUGAAACAUAGUUUGCCAGCAAUAAGGACCUGAAUAAUUAGAGAUGAAAUCGUUCAUCUCCAGGUGAUGCCACAGGAGCUGUAGUUCUGUUCUUUCUCUGCCCCUGUUAUCUGUGGGGAAAAGAAAGAGAGAUCAGACUGUUACGGUGUCUAUGUAGAAAGAAGUAGACAUGAGAGACUCCAUUUUGUUCUGUACUAAGAAAAAUUCUUUUGCCUUGAGAUGCUGUUAAUCUGUAACCCUACCCCCAACCCUGUGCUCGUAGAAACAAGUGCUGUGUCGACUCAAGGUUUAAUGGAUUUAGGGCUAUGUAGGAUGUGCUUUGUUAAACAAAUGCUUGAAGGCAGAAUGCUUGUUAAAAGUCAUCACCACUCCUUAAUCUCAAUUACCAAGAGACACAAAACACUGCAGAAGGCCACAGGGACCUCUGCCUAGGAAAGCCAGGUAUUGUCCAAGGUUUCUCCCCAUGUGAUAGUCUGAAAUAUGGCCUCGUGGGAAGGGAAAGACCUGACCGUCCCCCAGCCCGCCACCUGUAAAGGGUCUGUGCUGAGGAGGAUUAGUAAAAGAAGAAGGCCUCUUUGCAGUUGAGAUAAGAGGAAGGCAUCUGUCUCCUGCUCGUCCCUGGGCAAUGGAAUGUCUCAGUGUAAAACCUGAUUGUAUAUUCCAUCUACUGAGAUAGGAGAAAACCGCCUUAGGGCUGGAGGUGAGACAUGCUGGCGGCAAUACUGCUCUUUAAGGCAUUGAGAUGUUUACGUAUGUGCACAUCAAAAGCACAGCACCUUUUUCUUUACCUUAUUUAUGAUGCAGAGACAUUUGUUCACAUGUUUUGCUGCUGACCCUCUCUCCACUAUUACCCUGUUGUCCUGCCACAUCCCCCUCUCCGAGAUGGUAGAGGUAAUGAUCAAUAAAUACUGAGGGAACUCAGAGACCGGUGCUGGCACGGGUCCUCCGUAUGCUGAGCGCUGGUCCCCUGGGCCCACUUUUCUUUCUCUAUACUUUGUCUCUGUGUCUCUUUGUUUUCUCAAGUCUCUUGUUCCACCUGACGAGAAACAGCCACAGGUGUGGAGGGGCAGGCCACCCCUUCAUCUGGUGCCCAACCUGGGGCUAAGGGAUCUAUUCUAUUUAUUUGUGCUGACUGAAUUUUUUCUUCCACUAAUUUAAUUUCUUUUGUUGCCUCUGGGGUUAAUAUUCUUUUAAGUCUGGGUCUCCUCUUAAGAUAGAGAGCAAAUUUGACAUGGCAUAAGUAGGAAUGCCUAAAGUUGGCCGAAUCCAAUUAAUAUCGCCUAGCAAUUUUUGAAAAUCAUUUAAUGUUUUUAAUGUCUUUUUUAUUUCUAUUUUUUGUGGCUUAAUUUUUCUAUUUUCUAUCUGCAUCCCUACAUAAUGAAAAGGAGUAGAGGUUUGAAUCUUAUCAGAUGCUAUUGCCAGUCCUGCGUUGGCAACCUCUGCUUACAGAAAUGUGUAAGUCAAUUAAUUUGUCUCAUUUCUGCAGCACAUAAAAUAUCAUCAGCAUAAUGAAUGAUAUAACAGUCUGAAAACUUGUCUCUAACUGGUUGAAGAGCUCGACCUAUGAAAGUCUGACAAAUAGUUGGACUAUUAAGCAUUCCCUGAGGUAACACUUUCCACUGAAACCUGGUGGCUGGUUAUUAUUUAUGGCUGGUAUAGUAAAGGCAAAUUUUUCACAAUCCUGCUUCGCCAGAGGAAUGGUAAAAACGUAGUCCUUCAGAUCAAUUAUAAUUAAAGGCCUGGCUUUUGGAAUCAUGGCCGGAGAGGGCAACCCGGUUUGGAUAGGUCGCAUGGGUUGAAUUACAGCAUUUAUGGCCCUUAAGUCCGUUAACACACGCCGUCUGCUGGAUUUUUUCUGAAUUACAAACACAGGAGAAUUCCAAGGCGAGAAUGAAGGCUCAAUAUGUCCCUUUUCUAAUUGUUCAUUUGCUAAUAAAUGUAAAGCCUCCAGUUUUUAUUUUGGUAUCGGCCACUGAUUUACCAAUACGGGUUUUUCUGUUUUCCAACUUAAUGGAAUGGUAAGUUUAGGAGGCUCUACAGUGGCCACCCCUAAAAAGGAUACCCUAUUCCUUUUCUUUCUUGAUUUCUUUCAGUCUCAACUGGAACUUUAAUGCCAUUUUCAUUUUUUCCUAGUCCCUUUCCUGGUAUAUAUACCAUCUUAGUCAUGAUUUUUUGACUCGUGGGGCUGUAUAAUGGAGCGGGCAUAGUGAUUUCCGCACCCCAUUGUUGUAAUAAAUCUCGACCCCACAUAUUAACAGGAAUUGAAGUAAUCAUUGGCUGAACAGUACUUUCUUGAUUAUCUGGCCCUAAACAGUGUAAAAUCAUAGUACUUUGAUGCACUUCUGAGGCUGUUCCUAUGCCGAGAAGUCCUGUAACAGCCUUUUGUUUAGGCCAAUUUUUUGGCCACUGAUUUAAAGCAAUGAUAGAGACAUCUGCUCUAGUGUCUACUAACCCUUCAAACUGUUUUCCUUGAAUAAUGGCCUUACACACAGGUCUGCUGUCUGAGACCUGACUUGCCCAAUAUGCGGCCUUUCCUGUCAGAUCAGUGCUUCCAAACCCUCCUGUUUUUAUCUGUUUCCAACCGUAAUAUAAGGCAGGAGUAAUAAUUGAGCAAUCCUGUCUCCUGGACUGGCACUCCAAGGAAUUGAAGAGCUAAUAACCAAUUGAAUUUUGCCUUUAUAGUCUGAAUCAACUACACCAGUAUGAAUUUGAACUCCCUUUAGAUUUAGGCUUGCGCUUCCUAAGAUUAGUCCUACAGUCCCUUCAGGCAGUGGGCCAUAUAUCCCUGUGGGGGUUUUUUGUGGGGGUUCCCCUGGAAGCAGAGAGACUGCUUGUAUAGUACAUAAAUCUACUGCUGCGCUGCCACUUGUGGUGGGGGACAAUUGUUGUAUUGUGGUAACUGGCUCAUUCCCUGAGGCACUUGGGACAGUGGGGGUUGUUGUCCCUGAAAUCCCUGAGGAGCAAAGGGCUGAAUUGGGAAUGCCCCAGUUUGUUGUGGGGCCUGAGGCGGGCCCCUCUUCUCAUUUCCCGACAAUGGUUGCCCAUUUCUAUCAAAUUUAGAAUGACAUUGACUAGCCCAGUGUUUUCCUUUUUGACAUCUUGGACAUAAGUCAGGUGGCUCUUUAUCUGUUGUUGUAGUAGCUUGAAUAGUUAUAUUUUGUUUAUUUGAGACUGGGCAAUUCUUGUUUAGAUGACCAACUUGACCACAAUUAUAACAUUUCCCCCCAAAUGUUCUAACUUGUCUUCCUAAAGCAACUCUCAUUAUUGCUUGAGCCAUAAACAUAGCUUUAUGCAUAGCUCCUCCUCCAUCACGGGCUUUUACGUACUCAGAUUACAUCUGAUCCUGUGGGAACCUUACCUUUUAAUGGCUUAAUGGCUGAUUGACACUCAGGAUUGGCGUUUUCAUAUGCCAUCAACUCCACUAUGACCUUACAAGCAUUCUCAUCGGUAAUUGACUUUUUUUUUUUUUGAGACGGAGUCUUGCUUUGUCGCCCAGGCUGGAGUGCAGUGGCGCGAGCUCGGCUCACUGCAAGCUCCACCUCCCGGGUUCACGCCAUUCUCCUGCCUCAGCCUCCCGAGUAGCUGGGACUACAGGCGCCCACUACCACGCCCGGCUAAUUUUUUGUAUUUUUAGUAGAGACGGGGUUUCACCGUGUUAGCCAGGAUGGUCUCGAUCUCCUGACCUCGUGAUCCGCCCGCCUCGGCCUCCCAAAGUGCUGGGAUUACAGGCGUGAGCCACCGCGCCCGGCCGGUAAUUGACUUUUGAGCAACAUCUUGGAGCCUUGCCACAAAAUCAGGGUAGGGCUCUUUAGAGCCUUGUCUUAUUGUAUUGAAUGAGGGGCAGGCGGUUCCUGGGUCUUGGAUUUUUUCCGAGGCCCUAAGGCAGAUAGCUCUAACUUGCUCAAUGGCCUCAUUUUGCAUUAACGCUUGUUGACUAGUAGUGCUUCAAUUUUGACCUGUUCUAAUAGUUGAUCUGCAUCUAUGUUAACUGGAGGAUUGGCAGCCCUAUUUCUUCAGACCGACCUGUUGUUGUGCCCCGUCAAUCCACCAAGUCUUAAAUUGUUAAAAUUGAGAGGGUGAGAGAGACGAUUUGGCCAGAACCUCCCAAUCAUAAGGAAUGAGUCUAUGUCCAUGAGCAAUGGAAUCUAAUAAUGUCCUCAUAUAAGGGGAGUUGGGUCCAUACUGUUUUACUCCUUCUUUCAUAUCUUUUAGCAUUUUUAUAGAAAAAGACUCAUAUCUGCCCUCAGCUAGGGGAGGCUCUCCCUCUUGGGCCCCUUCUCCAGGUGGUAUUGGUUCUAAUAUUACUGGGAAUUGCCAUGCCUCAAUAUCUCUUUGUUUUCUUGCCUCAUCAAUAAUUUUACGUAAUACACUACCCUGCUCACUAGGUGGUGCUGUAGGAUUAAGUCUCAUAGUGGGCGGCUGAGGGUAUGGCGCCCUGUGCUGUGGUGCUGGGAACAUUCCUGGCUGUCCAUACUGAUUGUCCGGGGGUGGCCGACACUUAAGUUCGGUUGGCGGCCAGUAUUGAUAGGCUACUGGCAGUUGGGUCUUAUUUUCUACCGGCUGAUAUUGUGGAUACUGUAUUUGGAUUUGCAUUGCCGUGACAGAGACUCUAUCUUUCUCUAUUUGAUAUUCUCUUGGGGUUUGUACUUGUCUAACCUGCAUUUGAGGUUGUAAUGUUACAGGCAUCUGAACUGCUGGAAGAGGAGUUGGCCCUCGUGGUUUAGACUCUGAUGGCCCUGCUAAUUCUGGACCUUUUUCUUCUAAUUUUAACGUUUCAGGAUAUAUCACCUCCUGUAAUUGAUUAUAGUCAACAUUUUGCAUUGACUGAGCCAUUACUGGCUCUGCUACAUACUCACAAUGUAAACUUUCCGUUCCUUUCUGGGAUUUUAUCCCUGCCUCUUCUUUACAAUCUAUUACACAGCUUUCAGGGGCAUCAGAAACUGAAACACUAUCUUCUUCUGUUUGAAACGGUUCUAAAGCUACUUUAAUAAUGACCCAAUCAUUCCAUACUGUAAGUGGGAUGAUUUUACCCUCCCUACUUGCUUGUUUUAAUUCUUUGCCAAUUUUUUCCCAAUCUUUUAGAUAUAAAGUUCCCUGUUCUAGAAACCAUAGGCAAAAUUUUCUAUUGUUUGAAAUAGUGUGAUUAGAUUUUUUUGUAGAAACUCUAACUCCCCCCCUUUUUUUUAAAGAAUUUUAAUAGAAUUGAGAUGAGAGGCAUAUUUACUUUUAGUUUGCCCCAUUGUUACCCUGGCUUUUCCCAAGCGCGCAAGCUUACCGCAAGGCUGACUGUAGACGUACUUGGGAAUCUCUCGUUGACUUGUCCUCAAUGACCACGCUCGAGCGUACCUUCACCCUAGAGAAAAGCACCCACGUUGGGCACCAGGUGAAGGGGUGGCCUGCCCGUCCACACCUGUGGAUGGGGCAUUGAUAGAUGAAUCAUCCCAAUGGGAUUCUAAGCUUCAGUUCAAAUUGAAGGGGGUUGCUGAGCAGUGGUUAGUGUCUAACCUAAACAUCUUUAAGACUAACCUACCUUCUUCAUAUCUUUUGUUUUUGGACAGUUUCAUUAGUAGCAUUGAUGAAACAUAGUUUACCAGCAAUAAGGACCUGAAAUAUAACUAGAGAUGAAAUCGUUCAUCUCCAGGUGAUGCCAUAGGAGCUGUGGUUCUAUUCUAUCUUUCUCUGCCCCUCUUAUCUAUCCUUUUAGAGUCUUCUUCAGAACUCUUGGGGAAGGUUUUAGAAGAGGAUCCUCUUAACAACCUCUGUCAGUGCCUCCCUUAGAGCCUUAGGUCCUACAUUUUCCUUUUAUUUUUCCACAUGAAUCAUUAUGUACAUCAUGUAAUCUUACUUUUUGUUACAAGAUUCAGGAAAUUUUAGAAUACUAAUAAUUUACCAAUAAAGGUGAAAUAGUAACUCAGUUUUUCAGUGCAUCUUUUGCUCUUUAAAGUUUACAUCAGCCCUCCCGAGGUCUGCCUGCCAGUUUGCUGCUGUAUCCCAGAGGUUGGCUGCCACUGUGCAGGUUGUUUUGUUCAAAUGGUAGAAGUCUCUCGUACUGUCUAGGCCACUCUGUCUCCAGUUUGGCCUCUGACCCAGCCUAUAUAUUUGCUCCCCAGCCUACAUGUUCUGUCCUCUCUGCCUGAGAGUACGAGUACAGUGCUAACUGUAGCUUAGGUCAUACUGGACUUUAUUAGGUUCAGAAUUCCCAAGCUAUGUUAUAGGUCUGUGACUUUUUUGUUUUAAGAUAUUUUCUGCACACUUGAGUAGCUUUUUUUAUACCUACAAUGCAUUUUGGUUGAGGAAAGAUGGAAUUUUUUAGCUUUAUCCUCUCCUUGCUCAGGAACGGUAGAAAAUUCAUUGCUGUUUUCUCCUGCCAGCCAUCUUUCUUUUUCCUGCAGCUGGGACAGUUAAUCAGCAUAUUAACUCUGCUCUCUUAAGUUCACACAUUAAAACUGCCUGGUGAUGUAGUCUUUAUUCCUUCAUGCCACAUUCCUUAAGCAAAAUUGGGCAGUGUAUAAAAUUUAUCUUUUGAGCAACUCUUUCUUCCAUCAGCACAGCAGCUUUUAUACUCCUUAAGUGUUGUGAGAAAUUAUGCAGAUUAACAGUCCUGUUUAAGCAGGGUAAUAAAUCUCUGCUUUGGGAAAAUGACAUGGUGAACAGAAGAGCUUAAUUACCAACCUGGAGCAGUUUCUCAGCCCUGAAUGCUGGGGUGGAAGAGGAUGCUGUGCUGGAUCACUGUGAGCCGAGGGGCUCUGCUUUAAACUCUCCCCUGGAGGUUGCCUCUUCUCUCCAUGCCUCUGAAAGGCUGGGGAGCUGAAGCAGUGGUGCUUUAUCAGACUUAGGUGUGUAGCAUGCAGUCCUCAGCAUGCGUAUGAUUCUAGCAGAAUGAUUCUCGCCUCAAGUCAGUCAGACUUGUUAGGGAAACUUUGCCUACCCUUGGGAAGCCCCAUCUGCUGAGAAACUUUCUCCUGCUCCCUAGCUGGUCUAGGAAGAGCGCAUUUGGAAAUAUGAUAGCAGUAAAUAGCAGUAAAAGACUAGGGGUCUUCUAACCCAAGUUUUGGGUCUUGCAUUUCCCUUUUUGAUGUGAUAGUGUCAGGGAAUAAACCUCAGAAAACUGCACUGUGACCUCGAUUUGGAGGUUUCCUGUUAAAUGGUAAGAUGAAUAGUAUACCUAGAAGAAUGGGAGAAAAAGUUUCGAGCAGUGUGUCUGGGGUAUCCCAUUUUUGAAAAAGAAGUUGUAAUGAAGAUAGGCUUAACGUCUGGAGGGAGAAACAUGAGGAUGUUAUCUCUAGAGAGGGUGAUUAUGCGUGAUUUUCCUUGUUUCUUUACAGUUUUUUAAAUAUAUAUUUUAGCAUUGAACAUAUUACUUUUAUAAUAAAAAAAUAAAACUUUUUAUUUGGGGAAAAAAAUCCAUUAUUUCUGAGCCAGACUAAUUUACUCAUUCAUUUUUAGUGAGUACCACUUUACUGGAUAUGAAUGAGAAAAUCUUUUAUAUAUUUUCCCCCACUAUCUGUAUUUUAGCAUCUCAUGCUUUUAUAAUUCAUUCAUCUGUUAAUACAUGUACACAGCCCAAAAUGAUUUACUUUGAAUACCAACCUAGCCAGGCGCAGUGGCUCAUGCCUGUAAUCCCAGCACUUUGGGAGGCCAAGGCAGGUGGAUCACGAGGUCGGGAGAUCGAGACCAUCCUGGCUAACAUGGUGAAACCCCGUCUCUACUGAAAAUACAAAAAAUUAGCUGGGUGUGGUGGUGGGCGCCUGUAGUCCCAGCUACUGGGGAGGCUGAGGCAGGAGAAUGGCGUGAACCUGGGAGGCGGAGCUUGCAGUGAGCCGAGAUCAUGCCACUGCACUCCAGCCUGGGCAGCAGAGCCAGACUCCAUCUCAAAAACAAAACGAACAAACAAACAAAAAAACCAACCUAUAUGAGAUCUACUGUUUGCUGCCUUUACAGUUCUCAAAGAAUCAAUCAUUUCUUAAAACACACUGGACAUUUUAUUCAAAGAUGAUCCAAAAACACCAAAGAUAUAUUUCUGUGGCAGUUUUGGCAAUAGAGUAUACAUUUCUUUAGGAAUUACUUGUCAUUGCAAUGUGGAUUACAGCCUAACUUUUGCAGCCAAGUUAGGAGAAAUUAGUGCUGUUUUCCCUUUGUUCCCUAAUGAGAUCAUGGCAAUUCUUGGAGGCAGGGUUUUCUUUUACUAAAACCACCCUUUUUCCCCAAUCUAACUCAGCCUCACACAGUGACAUGGAGAUUGAUAAAUGUUUGUCAUUCGGUUAGGUGGGACUUGAAAAGAAAAUGAGGGCAGGAUCACCUUGCUAUUUUUCUGUUAGAGUUUGCAUAAUAUUCUGUGAAGAUUUGUGGGAGUAACAGCAAGAAAAUCAUUGUGGAAAAUGAGAGGCAAGUCCAAGGUUAAUGAAUUACAGGGAAAUCUCUUAAAGAUGUAACAAUAAUCAUAUUAAUGACUGUCAUUUCUCUUCUGGUUACUAUGUACCGAGCUAAGAUAAGUACUUUUUAUCAUUGUCUCAUUUAGCCAUUAUCCUAAGAAGAAGGUACAAUAAUCCCAUUUUACAGGUGAGGAAACCCAAAACUGGGAGAGGUUAAAUAACUUGUCAAAGUCAUGCAUCUUCCAAGAUGCACACCUGGAGGUUGAACUCAGGUAUGUGAACUUUGCAUUUUGCUUUCUGCCCAAUGCCUGCCUCCACUUGCAUUCAUUCUCCACUGGCCCUCCGUAUCCACAGAUUGCCACAACCAACUGUAUUUGUCUGUUUUCACACUGCUAUGAAGAUACUACCUGAGACUGGGUAAUUUAUAAACAAGAGAGGUUUAAUUAACUCACAGUUCCGCAUGGCUGGGGAGGCUUCAGGAAAUUUAUGGUCGUGGCAAAAGGUGAAGGGGAAGCAGGCACCUUCUUCACAAGGCAGCAGGAGAGAGAGGGCACAGGGGAAACUGCUACUUUUAAAACCAUCAGAUCUGGGGAGAAUUCCCUCACUAUCAGGACAACAGCACGGGGGAAACCACCCCCAUGAUCCAGUCACCUACCAGGUCCCUACCUUGACACGUGGGGAUUACAAUUUGAGAUGAGAUUUGGGUGGGGACAUAACCAAACCAUAUCAUCCUGCCCCAGCCCCUCCCAAAUCUCAUGUCCUUUUCACAUUUAAAAACCAAUCAUACCUUCUCAACAGUCCCCCAAAGUCUUAACUCAUUCCAGCAUUAACUCAAAAGUCCAAGUCCAAAGUCUCAUCUAAGACAAGCCAAGUCCCUUCCACCUAUGAGCCUGUAAAAUAAAAUUAGUUACUUCUAAGAUACCAUGAGGGUACAGGCAUUGGGCAAAUGUUUCCAGUCCAAAUGGGAGAAAUUGACCAAAAUAAAGGGGCUACAGGCCUCAUGCAAGUCUGAAAACCCGGCAGAGCAGUCAUUAAAUCUUAAAGCUCUGAAAUCAUCUCCUUUGAUUCCACGUCUCACAUGUAGGCCACCCCAGGGCAUGCUGAUGCAAGAGGUGGGCUCCCACAAUCUUGGUCUUGGGCAGCUGCCCCUGCGUUCCUGUGGCUCAGCAAGGUACAGCCCCUGUGUCCACUUUCAUGGGCUGGUGUUGAAUGCCUGCAGCAUUUCUAGGCACUUGGUACAAGCUGUCAGUGGAUCUACCUUUCUGGGGUCUGGAGGAUGGGUGCCCCCUUCUCACAGCUCCACUAGGCAAUGCCCCAGUGGGGACCCUGUGCAGGGGCUACAACUCCACAUUUUCCUUCCACACUGCCAUAGCAGAAGUUCUCCUUGAGGGCUCCUUUUAGCCGUGGCUGGUGCUGGAUCCACUGGGAUGCAUGGAACCAAGUCCCGAGAUUGCACAGAGCAGUUGGGCCCUGGGUCUGGCCCAGGAAACCAUUUUUCUCUCCAAGACCUCUGGGCCUGUGAUAGGAGGGGCUGCCAAGAAGGUCUUUGACAUGCCCUAGAGACAUUUUCCCCAUAGUCUUGACUAUUAACAUUCGGCUCCGUGUUACUUAUGCAAAUUUCUUCAGCCAGCUUGAAUUCCUCCUCAGAAAGUUGGUUUUUCUUUUCUACCACAUGGUCAGGCUGCACAUUUUCCAAACCAUUAUGCUCUCCUUCUCUUAAAUAUAAGGUUCAGUUGGGCAUCUUCUAUAUGUCAUGCACCCAUAUAGGACCUGAAUGUAGGGAUGUAUAUAACAGGAUUCCUGCACUGAAGGAAUUCACAAUUAAGCUUAUGAGGGGUUAGGGAGGAUAAGCAGAAACUUUUGUAGCUAAGUGUGAUAGGGUGUGAGGAGUAGCUUAGAAGAGAAUGGAUAGGUGAGCUUUCAGCAGAGGAAACAGCAUGAGCAAAGAUCCAGAAACAAAAGUUUAUGAAACAAAGGUGAGGCAUGGAAAGUGGGUUGGGGCUAGAUAGUAAAGGGCCUUGAAAGCUUUCAGAGAACUUUGGCAAUGGGGAGCAAUAGAAGGUUUGAAAACAAGGACAUCUUAUCAGAAUUGUGCGUUAGAAGAACAACAAAGACACAGUGAAGGGCUAGAAGGAGAAAGCCUAGAGGCAGUUAGGAAGCUCUAAUAAGCCUAGAAAGGUUAGCAAGAAUGGGGAUGAGAGGUGACUUGAGGGGCGUUUGGGAUUCAAGUUGAUUUGACAAAUAGUAAUUGUGUACCAAUUUUGUGCCGGACCCUGUGCUAGGCUCUGUGUUAGAGAUACUGCAGAGAAUCACUUAUAGCUUCUGCCCAAGAUCUAGUGGUGACACAACCACUAUUGCUAAGAGGAAAUGCAAUUCAGAGGUGGUUCUGAGGUUCCUGCAUGGAGAUGUGUGGAUAGUAGCACUUCAUUUCUGAGUUUAUGGAACAUGGAUGUGGGAGCAGAGUUGAGAGGGGGAAAGAUAAUGAGCUUAGUUUUGAAUAUGGUUUAUCUGUAGACUUUCUAAUGGCUCCUUGGCAGGGUAUUAAUUAUAUUAGUCUGGAGCUCCGAGGAGAAGUUGAGACAGGAGUGAUUAUUCUUUUUCUUCUGCUAAACACAUUAUAAAUGGUUUAUGAGAUAACUUUUUUGUUUUUUAUUUUUAAAUUUUAUUUAUUUAUCCUUUAUUUAUAACAUAUGUAUGUAUGUUGGAGUCUCGCUGUGUCGCCCAGGCUGGAGUGCAGUGGUGCGAUCAUAGCUCACUGCAGCCUCAAACUCAUGGUUGCAAGUGAUGCUCUCACCUUGGCCUCCUGGGUCGCUGGGAUGAUAAGCAUGAGCUACCAUGCCUGGCUGUGAGAUAACUUUAAAGCAUUCUAGCUUUCUAUUGUAGAUUCUAGCUUUCUGUUAUAGAAAACCAUAUUGUGGAAAAGAUUUCCACUUGCCUACCUGUUUUAAGAUGUACCUGGGACUUGCCUUAAUCAUGUAUGGUAGGAGACAACUGCUUUAAUCAUGUCACACAGACAACUGCUUUGAAAGAAGAGUCUUUUAUUUCUCAGUUCCCAAUAGGAGGUGGGAUGCUAUGCCAUGCAAGGCCACUCAGGGAUGCACUGGAGUUGGUCAGGAGGAAGAAGGAGAGGGGAAAACAUAAGCCAGAGCCUUUGUUGUGUUUUUCAUAGGGAAGCAAUGAGUAAGGCACCAGUGGAAAGCUAAGCAAGUUUAGGAUUGGGUAGUUUGAAUAAUUUCAGCAGGCUGCAGGUUCUCAAGAUGGUACCUAGUUAUCAGGUGCCUGGCCCUGGGGUGAUUGAAGGCAAGGUCAUAGUGUCCUGGGCUCGUUUUCUACCUCCUAAGCAAAGGAGGUAGAUGGGAGGGGCAGUGUGGAUUCAGGAUUGGCUGGUUUGCUUAUCAAAGGAGUUUUCUCAGGCAAGUUUGCUAACUCCAGGAAUUAGCUAACCUUGGGAGGCAUGCCCUCUCUGGGUCUGCAAGGCCCAAAAGUGUCAAAGCAUAAAAUACAGAAAAUAAACAUGAUUAAUGCACUACCCAGUAUCUAUUGUCCCUUCUGUAUUUAUAGAACCCAGAUGUGACAGGGUGCACAGCACAUGUACUGCAUUCCUGUUCUUUUCAGUUAGGGGUUGCCAAGGGGCUAUAGGCAGAAGUCACUUGGUGAUGCUCUCAGGGAACUUUCUAUAUGAGUUACUCUUGGGAGGCAUAUCCUGUGUGCUUCCCCAGACUCUUGUCCUACAGCAUAUUCUUUUUUGUCUGAAAUGUGGACAUUUCAUGGCUGGAUUUCCAGUUGCCAUCUUGGACCAUGAGGCAAUCUUCAGAAUGGAAGAUAGAAGAAGCUGGGAUCUGCAAUCACCAUGCAACCACCAUACCAGCCUGGACAGUUUGCCUCUGGACUGCUUUGGGAGACAAAAAUAUACGUCUCCUCUAAGCAACUUACUUGUGUUGUGUACUUAAACCUAAUUCUUUCUUAUUCAUAUAUUGUUGACUUUAUCUCCAUAUACAUGAGCAACUCUUUACUCUUAUCUUUCUCUUACAUGACCUUUCACGGCAAGUAGAAGUAAAAUCUUUUCUUUAUUCCCACAAUCCUUUAGGUUUUAAACUAAUAUCUAAUUAAAUUUAGGGAAGGGAGUAGGACAUACAAAGUAUACAAACCUUAGCAAUUAGCUUUAAAAAGAGUCAACAUAAGCAUACUUUAAUAUAAACUACGUACUGCUUAAUUCUGCAUAUAGUCCUGAAUGAAGAUCCUUAAUAGCCCCUUGUUAAAUAGAGGAGCUCUUAGGUUAAGAACAGAAGUAUUGUUCUUAUGCCUCCCUGGACAGUAUUAUAGCAGACUAGCAAUCCAGAGUGGGUCUGAGACUUCCCACUGCAAGUCCAAGAUCGGGAUGUAAGCUUGGCCACUUUCUGGUGAGGCUUCUCUUGCUAGCUUAUAGCUUACGGCCAUCUCUCUGCAUGUAAGCCAGGCUCCAAGGGGCAUGCCUUUUAAUUCUAAUCCGUGAUCAAUGGCACUGAACUUUUACAAUUUUAUGCACUUAAACCUCACUCCAGGUGGAUAGUGGCUCCUAGUGGAAUUCCUUUUCUGUAUCUCUGAGUCCUCCCUCCUGAGGAAUGAGACUUUUUACUCUUCUGAGUAAUUCUGAGCCUCCUCCAUUUGGUGCCGCUCAUCUUUCUGUUUUGGGUAACUCAGAGCCCUACAGCCUUUGAAACUGAGUCCAAGUCCUCCAUCAUCUUUGUGACCUAGAUCUCUUCCUUCUCUAUGUGACACUGGACACUACUCAUUUGCAUUUUAGCAAAGAGCUGCAAAGUUUAGGUUCAUAGAUGGAAUAUGACAAUCCAUAUCAUCUGUGAAGAGGACAGACUAACCUGAAAGAGCCAGAGAGGAUUUCCUAAAUUGUGCUCUACGACAGACUAAAUUGGGCAGAGACGAGACAGGUACAGUGAAGCAACAGGUAGAGGAGUAGAUUAACGAGAAAAAUAUCAAAUCAGUGAGGAGAUUCUACGUAUCAACAGAAAGAACAAAGAUCAGGGCUGCCUAAUUGCUGACACGAUGGGACUCACCGAGGGGGUGUUCCUGAUUCUGUCUGGCACUCAGUUCACACUGGGAAUUCUGGUCAAUUGUUUCAUUGAGUUGGUCAAUGGUAGCAGCUGGUUCAAGACCAAGAGAAUGUCUUUGUCUGACUUCAUCAUCACCACCCUGGCACUCUUGAGGAUCAUUCUGCUGUGUAUUAUCUUGACUGAUAGUUUUUUAAUAGAAUUCUCUCCCAACACACAUGAUUCAGGGAUAAUAAUGCAAAUUAUUGAUGUUUCCUGGACAUUUACAAACCAUCUGAGCAUUUGGCUUGCCACCUGUCUUGGUGUCCUCUACUGCCUGAAAAUCGCCAGUUUCUCUCACCCCACAUUCCUCUGGCUCAAGUGGAGAGUUUCUAGGGUGAUGGUAUGGAUGCUGUUGGGUGCACUGCUCUUAUCCUGUGGUAGUACCGCAUCUCUGAUCAAUGAGUUUAAGCUCUAUUCUGUCUUUAGGGGAAUUGAGGCCACCAGGAAUGUGACUGAACACUUCAGAAAGAAGAGGAGUGAGUAUUAUCUGAUCCAUGUUCUUGGGACUCUGUGGUACCUGCCUCCCUUAAUUGUGUCCCUGGCCUCCUACUCUUUGCUCAUCUUCUCCCUGGGGAGGCACACACGGCAGAUGCUGCAAAAUGGGACAAGCUCCAGAGAUCCAACCACUGAGGCCCACAAGAGGGCCAUCAGAAUCAUCCUUUCCUUCUUCUUUCUCUUCUUACUUUACUUUCUUGCUUUCUUAAUUGCAUCAUUUGGUAAUUUCCUACCAAAAACCAAGAUGGCUAAGAUGAUUGGCGAAGUAAUGACAAUGUUUUAUCCUGCUGGCCACUCAUUUAUUCUCAUUCUGGGGAACAGUAAGCUGAAGCAGACAUUUGUAGUGAUGCUCCGGUGUGAGUCUGGUCAUCUGAAGCCUGGAUCCAAGGGACCCAUUUUCUCUUAGAGUAACAGAGGGCAUGGGGUGGAGCCCUUGAGCCUUUUGGCCUGGCUCAAGACUACAGGACUCUUCCUGACCUUCCUAUGUUACCAGUUCCAUAACAUCACUAGGAGAGAAACACUGACUGCUUUGCCCCUGGUCCCUGGGCACUUGUUCCAAGGUGAAAGCCACGCUUCUCACGGCCUCUCUCUGUAUGGUGGUUGUGGAGGUGGGGAGGGUGCAGGAGUAGUAGUCUUGGAAAUGACCAUGUCGUAAGAACACUCUCACUAUAAACAUAUGGUGCUGUAUUUUAAUAAUCAUCAGCUCGACAUAAUGAGUCUGAUUACUAGUUUCAACUUAAAUUAGAUACUAACAGUGAUAAACAUAAAAUUACAUAGUAGACUUGAAGGAAAGAGCAAAAGCUUUGCAGUCCUAUAGAUGUGGGUUUGAAUUCUGAUUCUGGCCAAGAUUUUUGGCCUCCGGUGAGUUACUUUAAUUACCUGUCUGAUUCCCUCUUCUGAUGCCUACUGGCCAUUUUAGCACAGUGUGUUGUGUACAGUACUCAGUAAGUGAAGGCUAUUAUUGCGCUAAUGUUGGAUUGUGCAGCAACAGCAAUUUCCAUAUGAUUCCAGUUCCCACAAACACAUUGUGUGAUGAUGAAAACAGUGGAAAGUAAAUCAAGACCUUUAGAUUCUAGAUUCCAAUUCAAUCUUGCAUUUCAUGAUCAUUUUGCUAAAGUACAUUUUCAAGUAAUUAUUUUGUAGAUUGGGCAAAAGACCAAGUAGUUUUGUUUUUAUUUUUGACCAAGAUGCCUACCUGGUUUUAAAAUUACAGUUUUAUCAAAUGUAAUAUAAGUGAAUUUUGUAAGUUUAAUCACUUUUAUUUAAAUAGAAGUAUAUAGGCAUUGAUUUACUUCCUGUUAUUUACAAUUUUGACAUGUCAGUGAAAAGAUAUUGCUUAAUAUCCUGAAGAAUUCUCAAAUUUGUAAACAUAUUCAGUUAAUACACAUGGCAUUAUUCAGAAAUGUGUAUUUCUAGCCCUAAUGGGACUCUCAGAAGUGGACUGUUGUGGCUAAGAAUGUAGACCCUGAAAUUAGACAAUCUGUGUUUAAAUCUGGCUUUGGCCCUUUUGAACUGGGUGACCUUGGGGAAACUUCUUAACCAGUCUCUAUUUAACUUUCUUCACCUGUAAAAUAGAAAUAGUAAUUUGUGUGUGUGUGUGUAUGUGUGUUGGGAUAAAGUUGUUGGAAGGAAUGAGUGAAUUAACACAUGGAAAGUGCUUAGAGUUCUACAUGGAACAAACACACAAUAAAACUGCUGUCGUUGUUGUUAUUUUGUGAAAAGGAGCAUACUUUGACAUAAUAAAAAGGAGUAUAUUUGGACAUAGCAUGAAUGUCCAUUACAUUACUGGACAUUUGGUCAUAUGUAACCAGAAAUUGACAUUAGGGUUGUUCUGGGAUUUAUAUGUUAAUUCCUAAAAUGAUGGGAAUAAAAUUUCCUUUGGUCUGCACAGUUUGCAUUAUCCCAUUGGAUUAAACACCUCCACAACCAGCAAGUGAGGGUUCAGGAGAAAAACCAUAUUACUGAUAGAUAAAGAACUGACUUGUUUUCAUCACAUUUGAGCUUGUAGAGUGAGUAAAUUUUGUUAGCCCCACUAUCAUUAAAUUGUCAUUGUGACUUGGUGGAGCUUGGCCAACGGUCUGAGCAAGAUUUCCAGGUUAACUCUGAAAUACAUAUUUUCAGGAGUUGAUGAGUGGAGUUUCUUGGCCAUGUUCUGUCUGGUGUCAAUUUCCAUUUGUGGCCAGACAGUGUAUUCAUAGCCAGAGAGGAAAGAUUUCUGAAUUGUCCUUGGCUUUUCAGGCUUCUCCCCUUAUUGCCCAGCUAGCAGAUCCCCUUGAGAAAGGGAUGAGUUCUGCCUAGCUUCUGGAUGUUGCUGUAAUAUUCCAGGAAUGAAUACAUGGUUCACUUCAUUUUGAUUCUGGCUAACCUUGAUUCCAGUUCAUUCCUUCCUGCCACAAACAUUUAUUUAACACUUAUUGUGCACCAAGCACUGUACGAGACCAAGCACUGCACGAGACGCUUGUUCCUUGAACACUGUUCUGUUCUCAAAAACAUUACUUAGUACGUAAUAUAGACACAGAAACAAGUAUUUAAUUGCUGCAUCACUGAAACAGGUGCUUCAGGUACAAUAAAGGGAUCAUCCUAUCUUGAGGGUCCUGAUGCAGGUGAUCUUUGUGUCUAGACCCGUUUUGUGGCAGCCUUGAAAAUGUGCGCUCGGAUCUCUGCUGUGGAGGCACAAUUGGCUGAUGGCUCCACCUUUGGAGAUCCACUACCUUGAGGCCACAUCUCCUGCAGGCUUCUCCCAGCCAGUGGUGGAGCACUGUGGAGUACUAAGGCAGGUCUGUUUUGCUGAGACAUGCGACUCCUCUAACAGGCAAUUUUGGCCAAGGAUUCUGCAUCAGCUUGGUCGAAGUUUUCUUGGACCUCUACUGCACUUUAGAACUCUCUCUACCCAAUUAUUCCAUACCCCCCUUUACCUCUUCCCCCCUUUUAUAGCUGUCAGACCUACAUUGCUCUCUGAAUACUGUGCUCACUUCUUCUGGCUCCCACCCACCUAACAUCUCUUGCACAUCUAAUCUUUUUUAAGCCUCUGCCUCUUGGCAGACCUCUCAUAUAAGUAAUCUCUAUAUUAAAAAGCUAGUGCAGAUGAUAAAGAUACUCACUAAAAGACAUAUAAGUGUAUGUGCAUGUGUGUGUGUUCUAAGUGCACCAGAAUUCUAGAAAUCAUUCCAGAUUCUGCCUUCUUCUACAGCCUCAAUAUCCAUUUAGUUGCCAGAUCCCCUUGGUUGUACUUCAAAACAUUUCCCUCAGAUGUUCCCUGGUCUCCAUUUCCACUCUUUUCAGCCCAUCAGAGUGAUUGCAACAGGAUUCUAACUAGUUUCCUGCUUCCAGCUCCAUCCCCUUCCAGCAAAGCCUUUCCUUAUUACUUGGAUUGUGUUCUUCAUACAGUGAAAAUAUGAAAGUAAUGCUCCCCUCUUGAAAGUCUUGCAAUGGCUCUCCAUUGCUUUGGGUAAAGUCCAAACUACUUAGUUUACAGCAUAAAGUCAGUCUUCAUUUGGUCUCUGUUUACUUCUUUUUAGUUUCAUCUUCUCGUUCCUUGCUUUUCCAAAAGAACUUUGAACUAUUUCUAGUUCCCAAAUAUGCCAUACUUUUCUUGUUGCUAUGCUUUUCCAUGUGCUGCUUUCUAUGCCUAGAAUUAUCUUUCUUAUCAGCUGUGUCAACUUCUCUUAUUCUUCAACACCUUCCUCCUCUGGGAAACUUUCUCUGACUCUUUUAGGUGACGCUAAGCACUUAUUCUUUGUGUUUUUCUAAUGUUGUACAUGCCUCUGAUCACAUUAGUAUAAUAAUUAUGCCCAAAUUCUGUACCUACUAUGGCAUAGAUACUUCGUGAUUUAUCUUUCCAGUUUCAUCUCCCACUACUUCCUCUUCCUGUCCUUGUACCCCUCCCCUCCUCUGUUUUCUGAACCCACCACACACUGUCACCUCUUAGUCUGCAUGUAGAGUUCUCUGCUUCCAAUAUCCUUUCUCCCUACCUUAGGUUUUUUUUUGGAUAAUCUCUUUGCAUCCUUUAACACUUAAUUUAUAUGUCUUCUCAGUUCCUGAACUGCCAGAACUGGAUCAAGUGCGCCUCCUGAACACUCCUGUUGCGCUCCUUGUGUUUCCUUAUUAUGGCAUCUAAAACUCUCAACUCUAAUAGUCUAUUCAUCUGUCUUUUUUACCAUGUUGUAUAUUCUUUGAAGGGAGGAUGUGCUGUGGGUGAUUCUUCUCUACUUCCCUAGCACCUAACAGUGUCUGGCUGAUAAUAACAGUUUAUAGAAUGAAAGAACCAGUGAGGGGAAGUCUAGUGUAGUAGAAAGAGCUCAGUCUCAGACCUUUCAGCUUAGCCACUUCUUUGCUGCUGUGGUUUGGAUGUCCCUUCCAAAACUCAUGACAGAAUGUAAUUGUGUCCUUGUAACAGUGUUGAGAGGUAGGGCCUUUAAGAGGUGAUUUGGUCAUGAGGGCUUUGCCCUCAUGAAUGGAUUAAUGCAGGAGUGGGUUUGUUAUUGCGGGAGUUUGGCCCCCUUUUCCUGUCUUGUUCUCAUGUGCACAUUCUUGCCCUCUGCCAUGUUAUGAAGUACUAAGUAGGCCCUCAUUAGAUGCUGAGUUGAUGCCAGCACCAUGCUCUUGGACUUCCCAGCUUCUAGAACUGUGAGCCAACUAGACUUCUUUUCUUUAUAAAUUACCCAAUAUGUGGUAUUCUGUUAUAGCAGCAGAAAAUGGGCUAAGGCAUUUGCUCUGGUAUUAGGCAGUCACUUAUUUUCCCUGAUCUUCAUUUUCCUCACUCAUAAAUAGUGAUAACCAUAUACUCCUCCUAGGAUGCCUGACGCACUGCUGGGAACAUAGCAAGCAUUUAAAAAACCACAAGUAAUGGAAGUUUUCUUCUUUCUCCUAAGUGCCAUGUAUACUUUUUUGAAAAAAUUUCUUUUUUUUUUCUUAUUUUAAAUUUAAUCACCUUCCAUCUGGAAACUGAGAAGGAGAAGUUUAGCUACUAUUUCAUAUAAAUUAAUAUUGACAGAAGACUAAAUUUCUUUGAAGAUAAUUUUAAAAAAAUAAAUAAAAGUAAAAAAUCUGAAAAUGUUUACAUUACUUUCUUAAAACUUCUGAAAUAUUAGCUAAUAACAAAAGAAUCUUCAUGCCAAUUUUGAUUUUAGAUUAUCAAUAACUUUUAACGUAGGGUCUCCUUAAAAAGUCUCAUUUAUAGAAAUCAUUGCUACAAAAAGCUUAAGGUAGGGUGUAUGUUUUUUUGCCCCAACUUUUUUUUUUUAUUAUACUUUAAGUUUUAGGGUACAUGUGCACAACAUGCAGGUUUGUUACAUAUGUAUACAUGUGCCAUGUUGGUGUGCUGCACCCAUUAACUCAUCAUUUAACAUUAGGUAUAUCUCCUAAUGCUAUCUCUCCCCGCUGCCCCCCAACCCACAACAGGCCCCAGUGUGUGAUGUUCCCCUUCCUGUGUUCAUGGGUUCUCGUUGUUGAAUUCCCACCUAUGAGUGAGAACAUGCGGUGUUUGGUUUUUUUGUCCUUGCGAUAGUCUGCUGAGAAUGAUGGUUUCCAGCUUCAUCCAUGUCCCUACAAAGGACAUGAAUUCAUCAUUUUUAUGGCUGCAUAGUAUUCCAUGGUGUAUAUGUGCCACAUUUUCUUAAUUGAGUCUAUCAUUGUUGGACAUUUGGCUUGGUUCCAAGUCUUUGCUAUUGUGAAUAGUGCCGCAAUAAACAUAUGUGUGCAUGUGUCUUUAUAGCAGCAUGAUUUAUAAUCCUUUGGGUAUAUACCCAGUAAUGGGAUGGCUAGGUCAAAUGGUAUUUCUAGUUCUGCAUCCCUGAGGAAUCGCCACACUGUCUUCCACAAUGGUUGAACUAGUUUACAGUCCCACCAACAGUGUAAAAGUGUUCCUAUUUCUCCACAUCCUCUCCAGCAUCUGUUGUUUCCUGACUUUUUAAUGAUUCAACUUCUUCCUGGUUUAGUCUUGGGAGGGUGUAUGUGUCAAGGAAUUUAUCCAUUUCUUCUAGAUUUUCUAGUUUAUUUGCGUAGAGGUGUUUAUAGUAUUCUCUGAUGGUAGUUUGUAUUUCUGUGGGAUUGGUGGCGAUAUCCCCUUUAUCAUUUUUUAUUGCGUCUAUUUGAUUCUUCUCUCUUCUUUAUUAGUCUUGCUAGUGGUCUAUCAAUUUUGUUGAUCUUUUCAAAAAACCACCUCCUGGAUUCAUUGAUUUUUUGAAGGGUUUUUUUGUGUCUAUUUCCUUGAGUUCUGCUCUGAUCUUAGUUAUUUCUUGCCUUCUGCUAGCUUUUGAAUGUGUUUGCUCUUGAUUCUCUAGUUCUUUUAAUGUGAUGUUAGGGUGUUAAUUUUAGAUCUUUCCUGCUUUCUCCUGUGGGCAUUUAGUGCUAUAAAUUUCCCUCUACACACUGCUUUGAAUGUGUCCCAGAGAUUCUGGUAUGUUGUGUCUUUGUUCUCGUUGGUUUCAAAGAACAUCUUUAUUUCUGCCUUCGUUUCGUUAUGUACUCAGUAGUCAUUCAGGAGCAGGUUGUUCAGUUUCCAUGUAGUUGAGUGGUUUUGGGUGAGUUUCUUAAUCCUGAGUUCUAGUUUGAUUGCACUGUGGUCUGAGAGACAGUUUCUUAUAAUUUCUGUUCUUCUGCAUUUGCUGAGGAGUGCUUUACUUCCAACUAUAUGGUCAAUUUUGGAAUAUGUGUGGUGUGGUGCUGAAAAGAGUGUAUAUUCUGUUGAUUUGGGGUGGAGAGUUCUGUAGAUGUCUAUUAGGUCUGCUUGGUGCAGAGCUG